AUGUAUGCUACAAAGAAUAUAUCAGAUGAGCAGCUGGAAAAAUGGAAGCAGAUAUAUAAAGAUCAAGAGCAUUUAGCAGCAUACCACCGCAUUCCACCUAUAAGCACUAAUAAUAGUGCAGAGGGUAAGCAUAGACACAUUAACGAACUUGCAAAAAAAGCAAGAAACUUUUCUACUUUCAUCAAAUUCAUUCUGAAUGAUACUAUCAUUAGGAUUAAUGAAUCAAUUGAUCCCAUUAAUAAGCAAAAACGCGAGAAGAAUGACUUGUUAAACGAAAAAUGCAUACAUUGCGGAUUCUCCUAUAAUGAUAUUAAUACUGAUAAGAAUCCUUGUAAAUAUUGCAAGGAUUUCUUUAUGAAUAAGAGUCAUGUUCCCUCUGCAGGCAUACAUGUUAUGAAAAUAGGAGAAAACGUAGGUGAAAUCAUAGAAUUCCCAAUCGAUAAAAAUGUAGGUGAUCAGGAUGAACUCGUGGAUCACAAAGAAAAGAGUUCGCCGAUCGAAAUAUCAAAAUACGCAGAAUUUAUUGAUAUUGACGAUAAAAAUAAAGCAGUUUUAGUCGUAAAACUGCUUUAUAAUCUUGAAACGUUCCAAGAUGCCAAAGAUUUAAUCAAUUCUCUGGAAAAACAAUCAAAAAAUUAUGAAUCUGCAUUACAAAAUAAACCAGAAAUUUGGUUGGAAAAAUACUUGCCUGAAUUAAUGAAGGAAGUAAAAGAUGCGAGAGCUGCUAGAAUGAGAUUGAAGAUAAUAAAGAAGUAG